AUGGAAGUUCUCUCAAGGGAGCAUGAUAAUGGAAAUGAAUUUGGAGAAAAUAUACCUUAUCGCAAAGGAAAAGCGAUUCAACUUGUUAAAUAUGAGAAAGGUAUAAAUGAUGAGAUUGGAACGAUAACGUUAAUUAAAGAAGGUCUUAAGAUCAUUCAAGAUAUUGAAGAACCCGUUGCAAUAAUUUCAAUCGUUGGGUCAUAUCGUAGAGGAAAAUCGUACUUUGCAAAUGUUUUACAUGGAAGGCAUGACGGUUUCGAACUCGGUUCAAAAGUAGAUAGUUGUACCAAAGGAAUUUUCAUGUGGGAUACGCCAUUUCUUUACAAAGAUCACAGAGUCAUCGUAUUGGAUUGUGAAGGAAUUGAUGACCCGAAACAGGAUGAAAUUUGGGCCAAGAAAUUAUUUAUAUUAUGCCUCGCGAUCUCUUCUACUUUUAUUUAUAAUAUUAAUGGUAUCGUUGGUAGGGAUGAUAUUGGAAAGUUAUUCAUGAUGACUGAUUUAAGUAAAUUUUUGGCAAAAGGUGAAGAGAAUGAAAAGGAUUACUUACCAAGACUUGUCGUGUUAUUGAGGGAUUUUGGAUUGGAAUGUCCUGAUGAUUUUAAGGAAUAUUUUCUGGAUAAGUUGACACAAGUUGAUCCUGAUGCCGCUGAUGGGAUCUUAAAUCAUUUUGAGGAUUUUGAUGUUUACGCUUUGCCUCAUCCAGGGUGUAAAAAAAAGGCUCUUCAUAAUUUAGAACAAAUUAAAACGUCCCAACUUGAUCCAGAUUUUGUUGCUCAAACUUCAGAAACGAUCUCCUAUAUCUACGAUACGAUUUCCACCAAACAAAUCAAUUCCAAGCCAUUGUCCGGCAUUUUAUUUUCCAAAUUCUUGAAAGAUUGCAUUCAACACAUGAACGCGACCACUUUAAACGCGUUAUCGUUACCUACACAUUACACUUCUCUCAUCAAAUUUAUGUCAAAUUUAGCCAAAGAUAUGGGAGUCUCUUAUUAUUAUGACAAGAUGACGAAAUUUUCAGAUCGUUUUCCCAAAGAUUGGGAUUCCUUUGAUUACGAACACACCAUAAUAUUAUCCGAUGCUGAUUUUAGGUUUACCGAGAAGUUAAUUGGAAAUUAUCACCAAACUACGGAUGCCAGGGAAGAGUUUAAUAGCUUGAUUGAGAAGGAAAAACAAAAAUUCGUUAAAAUGAAUUCUGAUAACAUAAAGAAUUAUAAUUUGAAUUUGGCAAAUAGUUUAUGGCGAGUUCAUAUUAAACCCGGAUUAACUGCUGAUUAUCUGUUUGAGGAUUAUAAUCAAUUCGAUGUUUCAUUAGAUAAUUUUAUGCAAGAAUAUACCAAUAAGUCACUUCAAAGUCCAGAAGCGAUGGAAAUAUAUACGCAAUUUAAACAUCAAGAAACGGAAAUCGCACUAGAUACAUUAAAAAAGAUGUUUGAAAUGAGAGAUGUUAUUAAGUCUACAAAAGACGCUCACGAAGAAUUAAUUAACCAAAUUAAUCAAUAUAAAGAAAGACUAGAUCAAUUGUUAGAUGAAAAUAUUCAAGAUGAAUCUGAUCAUAAUAAAAGAAUUGAAGAAUUUGUCUCGACGAUUGAAAAUCUUGAAGUUCGAUUAUCUCAGAUCAAUACCUCCGACAACUAG